ACAGAAGCUUAGUGUCUAAGACGGCAUCCGGUUUAUUUUCGUACAAAUAUUUGACCGGUAAAUCCAAACAAUUUAUUGAACAUGGCAGAUGAAGAAGAUCCAAAGGAAUAUCGCUGGGAAACCGGCUAUGAACGAACAUGGGAAUCGAUCAAAGAAGAUGAAGAGGGUUUGGUUGAAAGCGCCAUCAUCGAAAUCAUACAGAAGGCUAAACGGAAACGUCAGCUGAAGAAACGGGGACAUCGACGACUUGGCAUGAUGCGUCAUGUUUAUCUAGUUAUUGACUGUUCCGAUUCGAUGAGUUUACCCGAUUUAAAGCCAACACGAAUGCUCUGUACAGUUAAGUUGCUGGAAAUUUUUAUUGAAGAAUUUUUCGAUCAAAAUCCAAUUUGUCAGCUGGGAAUCAUUGUGAUGAAAGAUAAACGUGCCGAAAAAUUGUCAGAAUUAUCUGGAAGCGCUCGAAAACAUGUUCGGUCAUUGAAAGAGAUGAAUGUGAAUCAAGGUGAACCAUCGCUACAAAAUGGAUUAGAUUUAGCUCGACAAUCAUUGAAAAUGUUGCCAUCACACGCGAGCCGUGAAAUCGUUGUGAUUAUGAGUAGUUUAACGACAUGCGAUCCCACCGAUAUUCUAGUUACAAUAGACAAUCUGAAAAAGGAUGGCAUACGAUGCUCGUUGGUGAGUUUAUCGGCCGAAAUACAUGUGUGCCGCUAUUUGACCGAACAAACAAAUGGCUCGUAUGCCGCUGUCUUGGACGGCGCACACUAUCGUGAUCAAUUGAUGCAACACAUUGAUCCACCGUUAGCAAAUCGCACACAAGAAAAUUCACUCAUCAAAAUGGGCUUUCCGCAUGUACAGCACGAAGAAGGCAAAGAUCCACCGUUAACAAUGUGCAUGUGUCACAUUGAUAAUACGGAUGAACCGAGUAAAUUGUCCACCGGCGGUUUCAAUUGUCCGCAAUGUGCUAGCAAAUAUUGUGAAUUGCCGCUGGAGUGUUUGUCGUGUGGCUUGACAUUGGUUUCGGCACCACAUUUGGCACGAUCGUAUCAUCAUCUGUUUCCCAUUGGAAAUUUCAUUGAAUGUCCGUUCAAGCAGCAAACUGAUAAAUGUUAUGCGUGUCAGAAGAUCUUCACCGAUAGUGCAGCCGAUAAAACGAUAUACCGAUGUCAAAAAUGUCAGCAAUAUUUCUGCAUGGAUUGUGAUAUAUUCAUUCAUGAAACACUACACACUUGCGUUGGCUGUGCGACGACCAAAUAAUCAUGAAACGGUGUCGUCAAUUGCAGCCCCAUUGCUGAAAAAUAUGAAGAAAAAAAAACUGUAUCAUUCGCGCUAAGAUCGAAAUAAAUUUCCAACUAUUUGAUUUAUCAUUGUUAUGAUUUGAAAGAAAAUAAAUUAAAAACUUGAAAAAAAA